AUGUAUAUGGCCAAGUUAUUGCUGGUUAAUGUUCCUGGAUCGACAUCAUUUCAACAAUUGAAAACAGUUGAUGGACAUCUUUGUGCGACUUACCGUAAAGCAUGUCACAUGUUGCAGUUGCUCAAAAACGAUUCGCAUUGGGAUAAUACGCUCAAGGAUGCUAUAUAUCCUCAUUUUCGCAUCAAAGGAUAUAUGUGUUUAUUGAUGCCGAAUAAAAUAUUAUCAUGUUUGGGCCUGACAGCACCAAACCGUUGUGUACAAGAUGCAUUUCACCACGAGUUAAGAAGAGAGCAACAGUAUGAUAUUAAAACAUUGACCGAAAUAGUUCGCACAACUGUUCCAAAGUUGAAUGAUCAUCAAAGGAUUCAAAAUAACGUAGCUCUAGCAUUGGCAUUAUUAGGAAUAGCAGCAACAUUGUUAGAAGAUGGACACACGGCACAUUCAGCAUUGAAGUUACCUCUUAAUAUGCAAAUCAAUGAAACGCCAGUUUGCAACAUCAGAAAAACUAGCGCCAUGGCCAAGAUACUUCAGACACGCAAAUUGAUUAUCUGGGACAAAUGUACAAUGGCCCACAAGAGAUCACUGGAAGCACUGGACAAAACAUUGAAAGAUUUACGUAAUUUUCGCCAAACUCUUCCAGUUAUACCACGAUCAACUGUUGCUGACGAACUAAACGCAUGCCUAAAAUCUUCAAAUUUGUGGCGCCAUGUUAAGAAACUCCAGUUAACAACGAACAUGCGAGUGGUUUUGCAACAAGGUGAAACAGCGAAAGUGUUUUCAAAGCAGUUACUAAAUAUUGGAAAUGGGGAAUGCUUUACUUAUAAAUCUGUAGACACCGCUACAAAUCAGGAUGACAUACUCAACUAUCCUACAGAAUUUCUAAAUUCAUUAGAAUUGCCUGGGCUGCCGCCACAUAAUUUACAAUUGAAAGUAAGAUCAGUUGUCAUCAUGCUACGUAAUUUAAAUCAGCCCAUACUAUGCAAUGAUACAAGAUUGUUAUAA